CUCCUCCUCCUCUCCCUUCCCCCCCCUCCUGUGUCAUUCCAUCUAGCCUCUGGGGGUGGGGUGGGGAACCCCAGAGACCGGACACCCCAGGACUUCAGCAGGGGGAGGGGUCCACAAGAGAGAGAGAAAGACAGAGAGAGAAAGACCCACAGCCGCCGUACCAAGCUGUGUCCCUCAAAUCCACCUCAAGCCCGGCCUCCUCCCGCAGCCCGGCCAGGCCAUGGGUAUCAAGACGGCGCUGCCCGCGGCCGAGCUAGGCGUCUACUCCCUGGUGCUGAGUGGAGCUCUGGCCUACGCCGGCCAGGCUCUCCUGGAGGCGUCACAAGAUGGCGCCCGCAGGAAGACCUUCCGCGAGUCCGUGCGGCCGGGCUGGGAGUACAUCGGCCGGAAGAUGGACGUGGCGGACUUCGAGUGGGUGAUGUGGUUCACAUCCUUCCGCAACAUCAUCGUCUUCGCCCUGUCGGGCCACGUGCUGUUCGCAAAGCUGUGCACCAUGGCUGCGCCCCAGCUGCGUGCCUGGAUGUAUGCCGUGUACGGCCUGGUGGCCGUGGCCGGCACGAUGGGCCCGUGGUACCUGCUGCUCCUCCUGGGCCACUGCGUGGGGCUCUACGUGGCUUCCCUUCUGCGCCAGCCCUGGCUCUGCUUGGGCCUUGGCCUAGCCAGCCUGGCCUCCUUCAAGAUGGACCCCCUCAUCUCUUGGCAGAGUGGGUUCGUCACGGGCACUUUUGAUCUUCAAGACAUCCUGUUCCACGGGGGCAGCGGCUUCACGGUGCUACGCUGUACCAGCUUCGCGCUGGAGGCCUGCGCCCAUCCCGACCGCCGCUACUCCCUCGCCGACCUCCUCAAGUACAACUUCUACCUGCCCUUCUUCUUCUUCGGGCCGGUCAUGACCUUCGACCGCUUCCACGAGCAGGUGAGCCAGGUGGAGCCAGUGAGAGCCGAGGGUGAGCUGUGGCGGAUCCGGGCCCAGGCGGGGGUCAGCGUGGUGGCCAUUAUAGCAGUGGACAUCUUCUUCCACUUCUUCUACAUCCUCACCAUCCCUAGUGACCUCAAGUUUGCCAGCCGCCUCCCAGACAGCGCCCUCGCGGGCCUGGCCUACGCGAACCUGCUGUACGACUGGGUGAAGGCGGCCGUGCUGUUCGGCGUGGUGGGCGCCGUGGCGCGGCUGGACCACCUGCAGCCGCCCGCGCCGCCCAAGUGCAUCACGGCGCUCUACGUCUUCGGGGAGACGCACUUCGACAGGGGCAUCAACGACUGGCUCUGCAAAUACGUCUACGACCACCUUGGAGGGGAUCACACCUCCGUGGUCCCAGAGCUCGUGGCCUCUGUGGCCACAUUCGCCGUGACCACUCUGUGGCUUGGGCCGUGUGACAUCGUGUACCUCUGGUCCUUCCUUAACUGCUUUGGCCUCAACUUCGAACUCUGGGUGCAGAAGCUGGCAGAGUGUGCACCCCUGGCACACAUCGAGGCCUCUCUGUCGGAGCAAAUGUCUCGCAGGGUUCGAGGUCUUUUCGGAGCCAUCAACUACUGGGCCAUCAUCAUGUACAACCUCGUGAGCCUCAACAGCCUGGCGUUCACCGAGCUGGUGGCCCAACGCCUGCUACUCACAGGCUUCCCUCAGACCACACUGGCCAUCUUGUUUGUCACCUACUGUGGGGUCCAGCUGGUGAAGGAGCGGGAGCGAACCCUGGCAUUGGAUGAUGAGCAGGGGCAGGACAAAGAGAAGCCCGAGUAGAUGGAUGGGAGGGCAACGCGUUGAUCGGCUGUGGAUGAGGAGUAAGGGGCGGGACAGAGAGGAGCUGGAGUAGAUGCAUGGGAGGGCAUUGAUUGGUUGUGGAUGCAGAGCGGGGGCGGGACAGAGAGGAGCUGGAGUAGAUGGAUGGGAGGGCGCUGAUUGGCUGUGGAUGAGGAGCAGGGGCGGGGCAGAGAGGAGCUGGAGAUGGACGGGAGGGCGAC